CCGGCCCGACGCCCGAAGAAAUCAAAUCCUCGCCGAGCCAAACCGCUGCGCAGCGCCAUGGAGAGGCUUAUCUCUUCCUCGCCGCUCCCCCGCCGCGCGCCCGGCGCGGCCUCCGCCGUCACCAAGCCCCGCGCGCCGCCCGGUCCGCCGUCCUUCCUCGCCUCCACGCCAUGCCGCGGCAGCGUCCGGGGAGCCGGGCUCCCCCUCAGGCCGCCCCUCGCGUCGCUCCUCGCCACCGCCAGGCACCGGCCGCGCGCGACGCCGUCGUCACCUGCCGCCGCCGCCGCGCCCUCGCCGGCGGGAGGCGAGGCUAAUGCCGCGUCAUCCUCGACACGCCGCUUCUUCCAGAAGGUGACUUGUGCUGCAGCUGUCACUCUGCUCUCAGCGAUGAUCCUGACGCUAGUCCAGCCUUCCUGGGCGCCCCCGGCCCUGGCGCACUACCACCCCGUCGCCAAAGCGGGCACCACCCUCUUCAAGUCCGAGCUGCUCGGCAGCGCGUGGACGGGCUUCCUCGCCGGCUGCCUGCACACGCUCUCCGGCCCGGACCACCUCGCCGCGCUGGCGCCGCUCUCCAUCGGCCGGUCCCGGGUGGAGAGCGCCGCGGUGGGCGCGCUCUGGGGCGUCGGCCACGACGCCGGCCAGGUGAUGUUCGGCCUCCUGUUCCUCGGCCUCAGGGACCGCCUCUACAUCGAGGUCAUCCAGACCUGGAGCACCCGCGUCGUCGCGCUCACGCUGCUCGUCAUCGGCGCGCUCGGGAUCCGGGAGGCCGGCGAGGUGCCCGCGCCGUGCGUCGCGCUGGACAACGGCGAGUGCGACGUCAGCGGCCACCACCGCCACCCCGUCGAGGCGACGCUGCCGGGCGGCAAGAAGAAGAUGAGCUUCGCGACGUUCGCCACCGGGAUCGUCCACGGCCUGCAGCCGGACGCGCUCAUGAUGGUGCUGCCGGCGCUGGCCCUCCCCUCGCGCGCCGCCGGCGCCGCCUUCCUCGGCAUGUUCCUCGUCGGGACCGUGGUCUCCAUGGGGAGCUACACCGUCUUCAUCGGCUCGUGCACGGAGGCGCUCAAGGACAGGGUCCCUCGGAUCACGGAGAAGCUGACAUGGGCGGCGUCGCUCGUGGCCAUAUCCAUGGGGCUCGCCAUCCUCGUCAGCCAGUCCUUCGGCAUCACCUUGUACUGACAUUCGCCUUGCAAUGGCGUCGUCUUCUUCGUGCUCCCUUUGUUUCUAGUUCUAAUUUCUGAAGUUGCUGCUGAGUAGGAACCUGGCAUGAGGUCGAAUUUUAAUGUCCUGUCAUGUGCGACAAUUCAGAGCGCCUUCCUCUUGAUCGAGAGAGGCACUGCUUGAGGGUUGAUCAUCAGAUGUCGCAUAAGGUGAUCUUCAGAUGAGUGAAUUGCAUGUGUUAGGUGAUUGAUCUUCGUACAAGCGAAAUGCGUAAAGAUGAUCAUAUUCAGGAUAA